CUCAGUGUUAAUCGGUGAUAAAUAGAAUUCAACUAAUAUCGAAACCGAGUAAAAGCCGGGUGAACCAUUUCGAAAUCAUUUUGAAACCGAGUGAAAAAGUGAUGCAGGACUAGCUGUGACCGGCUUUCUAGUAAAACCAAUUCGUAAUCAAAACAUCACGCUUCAAUCCAUUUACCAAUCCAACGCCAAUCUGAUCGUGCUUUAGAGAAAACAUUUAGAGAACGUUAUUAUGAAGUUAACAAGCAAAAGCUCGUUAAAAGUUAGGUUAAAUUUCGAAAGAGCAAUGCAAAGCCAAAUUUUCCACACAGAGGGCCCUGGAGAUUGAUGUCAAAUGGCUGUCUUCUAUUGAUUCUAAACUAUAGACGAACUAAAUAAGCACUAUUUUCUGAUCCGUUCACAAUGUUAUUUCAAUAUCUUCCUUUUCUGAUCGGUGGUCUGAUAGUGUUGUGGAAAAUAUUUGCAUUUUUGUUUGCUAUUACAAUGGAUAUUUUAUUAGUUUGCGUUCAGUUCCACCUCGCAUACACCCCAAUGCCGGGAAGCAGAAACAUGUGAAAAAGGGGUAGCUGUGCGAGCGAAUGAUACAUGCAGUUUCUUUUUUGGUCGUUCUCAUGAUCGUUGGAACCUAGCGUCAACAGCUGCGCGCACAGACACCAUGCGGCUGCGGGUGACUCGACCCGGGUGACAGUUACUAAUAUUGGGUUGGAUUAUCUGCGGAGCAAAUGCAACGUACUGGCGCGCACACGUUUGGUCGAUCCUAUCCCGUCCCAUUCUCUCUUAAUGGCUCGCAAAAAAAUUCGGAUCGUGGCAAUGCGGUGCCGGUAAACAACCCGUGAACGAGCCGCAAGCAAUGGAAUCGAUGCACGUUGAGAUGGACGUCGAGGAGCUGGAACAUGGCAUGUUCAGUAUUGGUGAGCGUGGCGAUACCACGCAGGAACGUGGCCACGGUGGUGUACGCGAGCCUCGCCACUACGCAAAGAGAACGCUGACCGCACUGGAACGCAAGAAAAGCGAACGAGCACGCAAAGCGCGUCAGCUGCAUCGAUUCCGCAAGUGGUUGAUCCCGAAGAAUGCAAUCGUGGCACUGCACGAACUGCAGGGUCCCGGUAUGGCCGAGUUCACCAUAAUUACGAACGGCCAGCAAACGAAGGCGGAGAUUAUAAUCAACAACGUGAAGUACGAGGCAACCGCGCCGAACAAGAACCUCGCGAAGGCAAAGGCCUCCGAGAAGGCAUUGCGCGAUCUGGUCCUGACGCAGAUGAUGCGUCUGAAGCAGCAGCGACUAGCCGGCCAGGCCGCUGCCACUGCGGGCGCUAUGGACGGCGUAGAGGUGAAUCCGCAGGCAACCGAUUCGCUGGACUCCAUCGAAACGGAGGAUCUCCCGAUGGAGCAUCUGGCCUCAUUUGCGCUGUACAAGCUGUUCACCCAGUGGGAGGCUGAAGGGUUUGAGAUGCCGUUUACUAAGACAACGCGCCCGAAGGCCCCCCAGGCAGUGGCACUGGCUGACAACGGAGCCGGUACAUCCUUCCUACCGAAGGUGGUGAAGACCGUUGCGGAUCUGCCAGAGAACGCCAGAUGGAGCCAUCCAACCGUAGUGUUCGCAUACAUGCGUCCACAAAUUGCAUACGAAGAACUCGGCUCGAUCAACGACCCGAUGAACCGAGAGUUUAUGGCCGGCUUACGCACGGACGGUCUCCAUUUUAUCGGCAAGGGCCGUUCGAAGAAGCUGGCUCGUAAGGCAGCUGCUGUGGAAGCCUGCAAGAUACUGUUUGGGCUGGAGUUUGACGAGAACGUGUUGAAUGGAUAGAGUGCCAUCCCGGAGGGAUGUAUGUUUAUAGCACUAUUUAUUCCUAUAUAUUAAUACCCGUUCCAAACGAAGAAUCUCAGCCCGAACGAAGUGGCUUAGAGUAUAUCGAGGCUGCAGCGGAACUGAAGCAGGUGAUGCAGCCUCACUAUAUAUGAAUUACUGAAUUACUGAAUUACUUUUUCUUCAUCAACGGAUACGUUCGUUAUCGCAUUAGUUGCCGCGUCUCGGCCUACUUUUUGUAUGGUAUUAUUGAAAUAGCUCAUCAUUACUUCCGGUUCAUUUUGAUUCAUUUUUGACUCUUUUCGGCACACAGCAGAGAUUGUAAUAACAGGCAGAAGAAGUUUAAAGACACACCUACCAUCAAAUCCAUCCGUACGUCUCAUAUUCCCCUCAGGACCAAAAUUAAUUCCAACACUAAUGCAGAGUAGUAGAUUAUUAUAUUGAAUAUUAAAAUUGCCGUACCA